UUAAAAUGAAUGUAAAAAAAUUAAAAAAAUCAUUUUUCAUGAAGAUAAUUUUAUAUUAACACUACCGUAUAUACGUAUACACCCCGAACUUUCAACUUUGAUUGGAAAAGCUUCUUGUUGGUCGAAUAAAUAUAUGAAUUAUUCUCUCCCUAGCUCUGCUCAUAACUACUCAAAAUAUAUCUCUCAACCCUCUCAAUUACCUCCCUUCAUUUUAUAUGUACAUCUGAUAUAUUUUUUUAUCAUUUAUUCCUCUUCAUUUGCUCCUACAUAGAAUUUUCUUUUUUAAAUUAUAAGAUAAAAAUAUUUAUUUAUCAUGAAUUCUGAAUUUCGACUUAGAAAAAGAAAAUUAGUGUUUUGAUGUGAGUGUAUCAUGUGUCGUGAGAGCAUGUCCUAGAAAAGCGAAGAGAUCCACAACAUGUGGGUUUGUUAUGUUGCUGUCUGAUUCCUUGGUUGAAGCAACAACGGUUGUUUCCUAAGAUCCACCAAAUUGCGUUCCCUCUCCUACCAUCUCAGUAAUCACACACAAAAUGAACACAUAUGGAACAAUCUCACAAGAGGCAGAGGCUUCAUCGAAUCCAGACUCAGUUUUCGUUUCACAGGCGAAAGAGCGCAUUCAAACGGGUCUUGGCACAAUAAGACCAUGGAAAGAAAUGCUCCAACCUUCUCAUCUCAAACUUCCAUCUUCCUUCUACGGUUCAAUCCAAAGAAUCAACACAAAUGCCAGACAUUUUCGUGCCAACUACGUCAUCAUCAUAUUGCUUGUGCUUUUCCUUAGCUUACUAGGACACCCUCUUUCUUUGAUCAUACUCGUUGUUAUGAAGAUUGCAUGGCUGUACUUAUAUUUCCUACGAGACACCCCUUUGGUGGUUUUGAGGUUUGAGAUCGAUGAGCGAUUGGUGGUCAUCUUUCUGCUGUUGAUCACCAUUGGUUUGCUUGUGAUCACCAGUGUAACCUACAAUGUGGUAGUGGGUAUGAGUGUUGCCUUAGUGCUUGACUUGCUCCAUGCUGUGAUGAGGGAAACGGAGGAUCUGUUUACCAUGGAUGAAGAGGUAGGGAUUGUAAAGGGUCUUAGAAAUGUUGUCAAAGUCCCUCUCAGACAACCUGUUUCCUCUUCUUUUACUUCGUCUUAAAAUCAAAUUCAUUCUCCUUCAUACAGAUGCAUGGUAUUGCAAGAAUUCAAUUAGAAUCAGGAGGUUGUAAUUUGUAAAGGGUCUUUUACAUUUCUUGUCACUUCCCUUCUUGAUUCUUGAUUCUCAUCCAAAGUUGUAUUAUCUUUUUUGUCAUUUCUCUAGAUCUGAAGCUAUCUUAAUCCAAUGCAAUGUAGUUUAUUGUGACAUGUGUUGAGUUGAGAAUAUUAUUUUCGUUUAUUGCGGGUAAAACAAGAGUUCAUUUAAUUGCCUUGACGAUGAACCAAGUCAAUUUUUGUAUUUUUCUGAAGUCAGUAAUUGGCUGCAUAUAUAGCUCAAAAGUAACAGUUGCGUCCAAAUUGAAACACUUGCUUGCCAAUUUCCGCUGCAGUCUGUACACAUUGACUCGUGGAAAGGUGUCAUCAGAGUGGCAGUUUAAAGGGUUAGGAAACGCACGAUAGUCAAGACUUCACCAACUUGGCAUCAUACCCUGUUGAUAGCAACUGCCACAAAUGCUUCAAAUUACAAUUCAGUCAGUUCCAACUACCCCACCAUUCAAUUUAAUACAUAGCACAUAGUCUAGUAGUUGAAUAAGCCACGAUUGACACAAACUCUUGUCUUGAUCAAAAUUUUACUUUAUUUAUAUUCUCUCAUUUUCUACUCAAUCUACUUCACAAAUAGGGGAAAAGCUUUUGCAUUUACUAAAUUCUUUGACACGUAAAGAAAGAGAAAAAAUGUUUAUGAAUGAUAAAUGAUACGAUGUUAUAAGAAGACAAAUAAUAAUAACGAUUACCAAGUGUUUGAUAUAAAGGGAGGUUUAUGUAUUAUAACUAUAUUUUGUUUUUAAUCAUAACGUUUCUCACAACAUUAAUAAUUUCGAUAAAACUGAGUAGAUAAGAUAAACUCAACAUUUCUACCCUGCUUUCCUCUUGAUUUCUUAUAUCGAAAUUACAUCAUCAACCAUAGCCUCUGGGGCACUGACACCUUGAAUGGAUACUAAAGAAAAAAGACAGGAAAAUGUUGUAGAAAAUUAUUCACGUUUUUGGUUCUGAACCUGAGAUAAUGGUUGGUUGGAAUGAACCUGAGGAAGGAAUAAUUCCCACAGAGAGAAAUACAUUUGUACAGAGAGACACUUGACAUUUG